AUGGUGGAAGCGGACCGCCCCGGGAAGCUCUUCAUCGGGGGGCUCAACCUCGAGACCGACGAGAAAGCCCUGGAGACCGAGUUCGGCAAGUACGGCCGCAUCAUCGAGGUGCUCCUGAUGAAAGAUCGAGAAACCAGCAAGUCCCGGGGCUUCGCGUUCGUCACCUUCGAGAGCCCCGCCGACGCCAAGGCCGCCGCCCGCGACAUGAACGGCAAGUCCCUGGAUGGUAAGGCCAUCAAGGUGGCCCAGGCCACCAAGCCGGCGUUCGAGAGCGGCCGGCGGGGGCCGCCGCCGCCCCGCAGCCGCGGGCGUCCGAGGGGCCUGCGCGGGACCCGCGGGGGCGGGGACCCGCGUCGACCCCCCUCCCGGGGCGGGCCCAGCGACGACGGCGGCUACGCUGGCGAUUUCGACCUGCGGCCUUCCCGAGGCCCGAUGCCCAUGAAGCGCGGGCCGCCGCCCCCGCCGCGCCGGGCCGGGCCGCCGCCCAAGCGGGCCGCGCCGUCGGGCCCCACGCGCAGCGGCAGCGGCGGGAUGCGCGGGCGGGCGCCGGCCGCGCGCGGGCGAGACGGCUACGCAGGGCCGCCGCGCCGGGAGCCGCCGCCCCCGCGCCGCGACCCCUACCUGGGUCCCCGGGAGGAGGGCUACUCCCCCCGGGACAGCUACUCCAGCCGCGACUACCCGAGCGCCCGCGACCCCCGCGAUUUCGCACCCUCGCCCCGCGACUACACCUACCGCGACUACGGCCACUCCAACGCCCGGGAUGACUGUCCGUCGAGAGGCUACGGUGACCGGGAUGGCUACGGAGGGCGCGACCGUGACUACGUGGAUCACCCGAGCGGAGGCUCCUACCGAGACCCCUUCGAGAGCUACGGGGACCCGCGGAGCGCCACCCCCGCGCGGGGCCCUCCGCCGUCGUACGGCGGCGGGGGCCGCUACGACGAGUACCGGGGCUGCUCGCCCGACGCCUAUGGCGGGGGCCGCGAUGGUUACGGCGGCGGCGGCGGCGGCCGCAGCGACCGCUACUCGAGAGGCCGCGAACGGGUAGGCAGGGGCGAUCGCGGGCUUCCUCCAUCCAUGGAAAGGGGGUGCCCUCCCCCGCGUGAUUCCUACAGCCGCUCCGGUCGCCGGGUGCCCAGGGGCGGUGGCCGCCUUGGAAGCCGCGUGGAGAGAGGGGGUGGCCGGAGCAGAUACUAA